CAGUUCGAGUCCGGGCGCCGGCAGGUGACUCCUCGGACUCGGGGAGGGAGCCUGGGCGUGCUGCAGCGCCCCAGGCGAGAGGACCCUCCGGCCCCAGCAUGGCACGAGGAAGGCCACCCAGGGCGCGAGACUGCAACCACUAGGCAGUCGACCCUCCUGCGCGCCAAAGCAAGACCAUGCGUCCCCGGCGAGGGGCCACUUUCUCGGCUCGGCUCUCUCCGCGCGCCCCUGAGGGUGCCCGGGCGUCCCCCGCGGGAAAGCGGCGGGUCGGGCAGCCGGUCGCUCUCUGCAUCUAGACCCGGGUUCUCGGCCAGAGGCAGCGCGACUUCUCCCCGCAGCCCACGAAGCCGGGAGAGCCGGAUGGGGAUCGGGCCGGGCAGGAUGGUGAGCGGUCCGGCGGAGCCCCCGAUGGCCGCCGGCCGGAGCCUAUGCACGCCAGGAGUCCCGGCACCCCGUUUCCUCGCCCACCCGUCGCAGGGAACUUCUCCGGGCUGGCCUUAAGAAGAGCCGGGGCGGGAGGGGCUGGGGCUGGGGCAGGGCACGCCCGGUGUCGGAUCCGCGCUUUACUCGGGAGGAGACCUCGCUGCUGGAUUGCUCCGUGGACCCGGCCGGCAGGGGGCUGCUGUCCCCCGGGUGCCUGCCGCCUUCUUCCCCAUUCCGACAGCGUUGGGGCUAGGAAAGGCUACCAGAGCAAUGCAGAAGAAAGAGUGCAGGGAAUCCUGAAAGACCACUGAGAGUGAAGGAGUGGUGAGAGAAUGAAGAAGCCAACUGAGCAGGAGAAGCAUGAGGUGGCUGCGUGUUGCUCGAUUUAACGGGCUGUGGCUGAUGGUCUCAUGGGCAUCAUCGGUAUUGGUGCUGACUUUGGGGUGCUGGGGGUUGGCCACCGCGGGUGCCACGCUGCACGAACAACAUGCCUCCGCGGGCACCGCAGCCGCCACCACCUCCAGCCAAGUGCCACUGGACUGGCUGCUCACUGACAGAGGACCAUUCCACCGAGCCCCAGAAUAUGCUGACUUCAUGGACCGCUAUCGGCAGGGUUUCACCACCAGGUACAGGAUCUACAGAGAAUUUGCUCGCUGGAAGGUGAACAACUUGGCGCUGGAAAGGAAAGAUUUCUUCAGCUUGCCUCUGCCCCUGGCUCCAGAAUUCAUCCGCAACAUUCGCCUCAUGGGGCGCCGGCCCAGCCUCCAACAGAUAACCGAGACCCUGAUCAAGAAGUACGGGACCCAUUUCCUGCUCUCUGCCACUCUGGGAGGAGAAGAGUCCCUGACAAUUUUUGUGGACAAGCGGAAGCUCAGUCGGAAAGCAGAAGCUGGAAUCCCGGGAGGAAGUGGAGGAACCAACGCCACAGUCUCCUUGGAAACGCUGCACCAACUGGCAGCCUCAUACUUCAUUGACCGUGAGAGCACACUACGGCGGCUCCACCACAUCCAGAUAGCGACAGCAGCCAUCAAGGUCACCGAGACCAGGACAGGACCUCUCGGAUGCAGUAACUAUGACAAUCUGGAUUCUGUGAGUUCCGUCCUUGUCCAGAGCCCCGAGAACAAAGUCCAGCUCCUUGGCCUGCAGGCUCUGUUGCCGGAGUACUUGAGGGAACGCUUUGUGGCUGCUGCCCUCAGCUACAUUACCUGCAAUUCGGAGGGGGAGCUGAUUUGCCGGGAGAAUGACUGCUGGUGCCAGUGUGGACUUAGUUUCCCACAAUGCAACUGUCCUGAGGCUGACAUCCACACCAUGGAAGAGAGUCUCCUCCAGAUCCGGGAAGCUUGGGGCAAUCACAACCAGCAGUUUGAGGAAUCGGAGGAACUGCAGGCUCUGGUGAAGAAGUUCCCAGGGGAUCGCUUUUGGAACAUCACGGCCAUCUCUCAGUACUGGGCCAUGGACCUUGACAUUCAGCAUCGCUAUCAGAAGCUGGGCACCAUCUUGAAGAUGCUCUCCAAGAAGACUCAUCGGAUUGUCCGGCGCCUCUUCAAUCUGGCCAAACGCUGUCGCAGGCAACCCCGCUUCCGGCUUCUGAAGGAGAGACCUCUGGCCUAUUGGUGGAGUCGCGUCCAGUCCCUCCUGUACUGCAGCGAGACCGCCGUGCCGGGGACUUUUGUGGAGGAAAGUCACAGCUGUACCUGCCCUCACGACCAGCUCUCCUGCCAGGGGAUCAUCCCAUGUGCCUUGGGUGAUGGGCCGGAAUGUGCUGCCUGUGCUGAAGACAAUGCCACCCAGUGCGGGGCCUGCAGCCCUGGCUACGUGCUUACCCUUGGGAUGUGCCGGCCUGAGGUGGCCGAGCCCCUAGAGCACUAUUUAGGGCUGGAGACAGACCUUCAGGAUUUGGAGCUCAAGUACCUUUUGCAGAAGCGGGACAACCGAAUUGAGGUGCACUCCAUCUUCAUCAGCAAUGACAUACGCCUUGGGACCUGGUUUGACCCUUCUUGGAGGAAAAGGAUGCUGGUGACCUUGAAGAGCAACAAAUACAAGCCAGGCUUGGUCCACCUCAUGCUCGCUCUCUCCCUCCAGAUCUGCCUCACCAAGAACAGCACCCUGGAGCCAGUGAUGGCCAUCUACGUCAACCCGUUUGGGGGCAGCCACUCAGAGAGCUGGUUUAUGCCCACCAACGAGAGUGGCUUUCCCGACUGGGAAAGGACUAAUGUGGAUUCUUCUGGGCAGUGCCAAAAUUGGACACUCUCUUUAGGCAACAAGUGGAAGACCUUCUUUGAGACGGUUCACGUUUACCUGAGGAGCCGCAUCAAGUCUCUCAAUGACAGUUCCAACGAGACCAUCUUUUACGAGCCUUUGGACAUGGACCCCUCUAAGAACUUGGGGUACAUGAGGAUCAAUACCUUACAGGUCUUUGGCUACAGCCUCCCCUUUGAGUCAGAUGCCAUCCGGGAACUCGUCCUUCAACUGGAUUACCCAUAUACCCAAGGCUCCCAAGACUCUGCCAUACUUCAGUUGAUUGAAAUCCGGGACCGGGUCAACCGUCUCUCCCCCCCUGGGAAGACCCGCCUUGACCUUUUCUCUUGCUUGCUCCGGCACAGGCUCAAGCUAGCCAACAAUGAGGUGAGUCGGAUCCAGUCUACCCUGCAGGCCUUCAAUGCCAGACUGCCAAACCCUGUGGAGUACGAGACUGGCAAACUGUGCAGCUAGCAAUCAGGGGCGGGUCAGGACUGGCGUUGUAAUCCUAGAGGGGAGGACUGCGGGAAGAGUGAUGGAGACUUCCAAAGGCCUUACUUUCAAGCCGGAGGCAGCCAGUGGCCGGCCUACAAGACUUUGGUGUUCAAUGGCUGCGUAGUGUCAAGUCUGGGAACGAGAUGCGGCACAAAUUGGAGGAAUAAAUGGCCCGGGCUAGAGCAUCCUGCUGUGCUGGCUGAACGGGCGGCAUCAUUCUGUUUCCUGCAGGCUACCGUUGGCAGAAAAAUGUACAGGCUCGUAUGAGAGAAGCAGUCCAUGGUGACCCAGAGGGAGGAAAGAGAGAUGACUGAGAAGGAAAGAGGGGAACUGGUGGGCGUGGUGAUUAAGACUUGGCCUUUGUGAUCUGGCCUCCUGGCCGAUAAGUCUUUCAGCAGAGAUGAAGAGCAAGAGGGGUUGGGUGCCACCGAUUCAAGUGCUUUGAAGAUGUUCACUGAGGAGAAUUUCUCUGUGGCCCUCACCUCCCGUGGUGCAGUUCACUUUUGUAUUGUUUUUAUGAGUGUUUCUAACAAUGUCAUAGCCAUUUAUGUUUUCUGUGCUGCUUUUCUAAGACUGCAACCCCCUCCCCCCCCCCCAGAACAUUUUCUUGGAAGUUGGCUCUGCUGAUUAUUGGUGGGACUUGCUCUUCCCAGGAAAGAUGUGAUUAAGAACAGGGUGUCAAAUCUUUUUGAUUUCAGCUGCCUUUCCACUACCCAGUUCUGCUUGGUACUUUAAUCUUGUUCCCUUUGGGGUGAGAUUUUUUUGGUACUGAGUGAGCAGUGGUCUUGGGUCAAGCCAAGUGUGGCUAAAGGGUCCUUUCUCCUUCCCACAUCUUGAGGAACACAUCUCCCCCUUCUGCACCAUACACAAGCCAUGACCCUAUCACAACUAACUUCACCAGGGACAAAGGACAUCCUCCCCCUCCCCCCGCCCCCGUCAUCUCUAGUGAGACAUGGGCUGUUCUGGUUAAAAGUAUAUUUGCAGCCCAGUGGGGAGAUUGGCCUUGCAAUCAUUUAUUUACUUAUACAUCAGUUUAACUCAUUGACUGCUCUUUUUUUUUUUAUAAAUGUACUUUGACAUUUUUAAAACCUUUGGAGAGGAAUGCUUUUUGCCAGUUGGUUGCUCCAGCUGAGUUAUAUCUUAACCAAAUGUCUUUGUUUUAAUAUAUUUUGUAAGGAGGAGCGAGUUAAAACCUUUACUUUUCUUUUUUCUGUUCUUUUUUUUGAGAAAAAAGGAACAAAGUAAAUGAUCAAAAGCC